AUUCAGUUAUACUUAUACACAGGGACUCAUACCACACAUACAUAUACAAAGAAAGUGCAUCCACUCACACAAAAAAACACUGACCUAAAAGAAACCAACUGUCCGGGGGUUGUAGGGUCGAAAUGGGUGUACUUUUGGAGUUACAUUUAGUGUUGAUAUAGUUUUUAAGUGAUCUCAAAAAAGACAGAUAAAUUUACCUUAGCAUUUACUUGUAAUAUUAAAUAUUUAUAACAAUUGUAAAUAUUACAGUUAAUGUACAUAUAACUAAUUAUUUACAAAAUGCUACAUGUAGUUUAUUCCACAUCCACGUAAUAUCAACAAUCUAACGUCACCUAUUUACUAAAAAUAUAAAUGAUAGCAUUUUAUCUGAAUUUUUACUAUGUGGAAUAAUAUUUUUAAAAGCUUAUCGUCCAUAUACAUGAAUUGACAUUAAAUGAAAUCGUUUAAAUAAUUUUUUUUCCAAAAUUUAGCAUCAUAUUAAAUAAAAAUGGAAAUAAUAGAGGGUAAUUUAUCCAAACUAGUAAAAAUAGUUUGUCCAUCCAGUGAUGAACUAAGUGUCAUUGUAAAUAAUGUCAAAUGUACACAAUGUGAUUCAAUUUUUAAUAAUGAACCUCGUCGUCGUUUACAUGAAUUGAAAGUUCAUCAACGUAAAAACCUUGAUAGAACAGUUAAAGAAAGUAUACGUUAUCAUUGUCCAGAGAAAACUUGUAUAUAUUCCCCUGAUUCUACUAGGUAUUUUAAAACAAUGAAAUAUCUUAAACAACAUUAUCUCAAAGUACAUGCAGCAAAAACAUACUCCUGUACAAAAUGUGACAAAAGUUUUUCUACAGAGUCUGCUCAAAUUGCUCAUAUCAGAGUUUGUGGAUUAGAAUUUACUUGUAGUUGUUUAAAGAAUUUUAAUACAUAUGAGGCUCUCUUAACACAUGCUAAACGUCACUUACAUACUGUAAAUAAUAAAUAUAAAAAUUUAUUAAGACGAAAUACCCGAAAAUCUCAACAGUCAACUCAAAUCUUGAAAGGAACUCCAGAAAAAAAAUUACCAAUUUCAAUUCUACCAUUUGAACAGAACGUAAAUAUUUUAGGUAACGAAGUAGAAGACAGAAAAAGUACUCGAGAUAUAGCAAUUCAAACUGACGAUUUGAAGAAAUUUAAAAAAAUAGUUAAUCUUUCUAAAAAUAAUCGUCGUCGAGAAUCUCGACAAACUCAAACACAUAGUUUAUCGAAGGGAAAAAUUUCACGCAAUACUACAGCUACCCAAACUCAUUUUCUUCAUAAAGGAAUAAAUAAAAAAAAUACAGACAUAAAAGAAGAAAAAUAUGAAGUAGCCAAAAAAGACUUUGAAAUCAAUUAUGAGUAUUCUAAUGAUAACAUGUUUUCUAAUAGUCCGUUGCAAUUAAAUUCUGAUGUUUUGUCAAAUGUAAAUGACAUUUGGGAAGAAAGAAAUUCUUCAGGAACACAAACUGUUUCUGAAAAAAACUUUUUGGAUGUAUUUAAUGAUAGUGUAACUCAAACAGAAUUUAUAUCAUUUUUAUAUCCUAAUUCAGGUAUCUCACGAUCAGAUCCAAUGUUAACAGAGAAAACUUUUAAUGAUAGAUAUAGUAGUAUCGAAACUCAAACAGAAAAAGAAUAUUUAGAAUCAAUUUUUGAUUUAGAUUAUACAUGUUCUAAUCAAUCGAGAACAUUUGCUUUGAGCUCUAAUAUUCAUACUCAAACUACUCAACAUUUUAAUAAUAUUGAACACUUAUUAUACAGUAAUAUGUGUACUCAAACAUGUAAUGAUAUUUUAAAUUCUGACUUGGUAUUGUCUGAUACUCAGACACAAACAGCUUGGUCAGAAUUAACUGAAGAAAAUUUAAACUCUGAAAAAUCUCAGCAUCAAAAUAGUGAUGAAAAGACUGAUAUGUCAAUGAUAGGUUGUAAAUCUUGGUUAAAUAUUCAAACUAAUCAUAUGGAAACUCAAACUGAUCUUCUAAAUAUUUUUGAUGAAUUACAAUAGCAAGAAAUUAAAUUAUAUUAAACAAUUAUUUGUUAAAAUUUUAAGUAAAAUCAUAAAAUCUAUAAAUUUAUUUUAGAAUGUGUACAUAUAUAAAGGUGAAUCAUGAUUAAUUAUUUAUGUUAAAUAACCAAAUAUGUUUAUUUUAUUCAUAAUUAUUUUUCAUACCAUUCUAUGAUUUAUAAUAUUAUUGUACAGUA